CGCUCACUUUCACAUACCGUGAUGAACACCUCAAUCUGGAUAUGAGCAUGGAAAAGCACUCACAGCAACAAGCUCCAUUGAGCCCACGGCAAAGCUCUGGGUCUUUCUGGAGACGCCAAUUUAUUAUCCUCGUUCUCUUCUGCUUCAAUGGCGCAUGGAUAUUGCGAACAUGGAUGCGUCAAAAUGCCGAGUCUACGCCGGAUUUUGCCCAGGUGCAGAAAUGCGCCAUCAAAAAUCUCCAUGACGAUACCUCAUUUCUCGACAACGCAUCGCCUAUUAGUUCGGAUGAGUUCUUGGAGAGACGAGACCGUCUUGCCCGGGCUUUAGUCGCGUCCAAAGCCGACGCCUUUGUCGUCGAGCCAGGUUACACAUUUCAAUACUACGGGAACACGUCACAGGUUGACUGGGAACCAUGGGAGCCGGAGGAAAGGCCGUUCUUGAUGCUGAUCCUGCCCGAGAUCUCCGAGUCCGGGGCCGUCUCCGCUAAGACGGCUUUCCUCGCUCCGCACUUCGAGGAGGGCCGGGUGCGCAUGCUUAACAUCCCUUCCCGGGAGCCCGAGCUGGACAUCGUGAUCUGGGAGGAGCACUGGGAUCCCUACGCGACGCUGAUCCAGUCGCGCCUCUUCGCCGACUCCGCGGCGCGGGACGGGAGGAAACCGAGACUCGUCAUCGACGAGGAGAUGCGGGAUUUUAUCGCUCGCGGCUUGGCGGAUACGGGCUUUGAAACUCUGGGGUUGACGCCGGAGGUGGAGCUGGUGAGACAGCUUAAGAGUCCGGCGGAGGUGGAACUCAUCCGUGCUGUGAACACUGGGACGGUUGUAGCCGUGCGGGCUAUGCGCCCUUGCCUUGUCGCUGGUUUGACCGAAGACGAGGUACGGGAUAUUCUCGAUGCCUCGCUGUUAUCUGUUGGCUUUGGUCUUUUCUUUAAUAUUGUUCUCUUUGAGGAGGAUGGAGCUCUUCCUCAUGGUGGCUUCGUGGUUGGCCAAAAGAAGUUGACUCAUGAGACCAUGGUGGUAAUUGAUGUUGGGGCUCAUUACUUGGGAUACUCUUCCGAUAUCUGCCGCAGUUUCUUCAUUGAUCCGGUGGUCGACCAACAACGAUCACCAUUUGCAUUCUUGACGAGUUUCUUGGAGGCAACAGGGCUCCGUGCUAAGCACGUCGAGGUAUCUGAUCGCAACACCGAAUUACAUGCCGAAAAGUUAAAAGUGUGGGAUAUCGUUCUCGAAGCUCAAACAGCAGCCGCUGGUGAGUUCAAGGCCAAUAAUACCGCUGCGAACGUCGACAUCGCUGCUCGCAAGGUCAUAGAAGACGCUGGGUACGGAUACGGUUUCACGCAUCGCCUUGGUCAUGGGAUCGGGAUAAAAGCGCACGAGUCCCCCUACCUGAACAAGUGGAAUACGAAAGUUACUCUUCAACCGGGGAUGACUUUCACAAAUGAACCUGGUAUCUAUCUAGAAGGGAAAUUCGGAGUUCGUCACGAAGAUAUCUACCUCGUUAAGGAAGACGGUAACGCUGAAUUAUUGACUGGGAGAAGAGCAGUGGGGCCUUACGAUCCUUGAUGUAUGCCUAUCGUAACCAUCUCCAAAGAGGUACCUACGUGGGUAAUGCAUUUUGGGUCUCAACUGAAUAGACCUUACAUUAAAUCUCAAAUCUCAAAAAUUUCUAUUCACAAGUCUAUGCACAUCAUAAGGAAUCAUGUCUUCCGUCAGAGCCUGAGGAC